AUGGCGGACGCAGCCAGUCAGGCUCUGGGCUCUGGUCUCACCAUCCUGUCCCAGCCACUCAUGUACAUGAAGGUGCUCAUCCAGGUGGGAUAUGAGCCUCCUCCUCCAAAAACAGAAUGAAAUAUUUUUGGGGCAGCAAUUUUAUCAGCUUCCUGGUCCUCUCAUUAUGCUCAGCACAUUGCAAGCAUCAGUGGGAAGCGUGGGUUGUUCACAGGCUUAACUCCAAGACUGUGUUCAGGGGUCCUUGGAACUGUGGUCCAUGGUAAAGUUUUACAGCAUUACCAGGAGUGUGACAAGGCUGAGGAGUCAGGAUCUGGAAAUGUACAGAAAGAAGUUUCUUCUUCCUUUGACUGAGUUAUCAAGGAGACAACUCGAGAGGUGACGGCUCAUUCUGCUGCUACUCUCAUCAUACAUCCCUUCCACGUGAUCACUCUGAGAUCUGUGGUACAAUUCAUUGGCAGAGAAUCCAAGUAUUGUGGAUUUUGUGACUUCCUAGCAACUAUCUAUUGGGAAGAAGCCAUCCUAGGAUUUUUUGCGGGUCUUUUUCCUCGCCUCCUAGGUGACAGCAUUUCUUUGUGGCUCUGUAACUCACUGGCCUACCUCGUCAAUACUUAUGCACUGGAAGGUGGGGUUUCCACCAUGAAUGAAAUGAAGAGUUAUUCCCAAGCUGUCACAGGAUUUUUUGCCAGUAUGUUGACAUAUCCCUUUGUGCUUGUCACUAAUCUUAUGGCUGUCAACAACCGUGGGCUUGCUGGUGGAUGCCCUCCCUACUCCCCAGUAUAUUCUUCUUGGAUAGACUGCUGGUGCAUGCUACAAAAAGAGGGAAAUAUGAGCGGAGGAAAUAGCUUGCUUUCCCAGAAGGCCCCCUAUGAGAAGACUUAUUGUUGUGACUUAAGAAUGUUAAUUUGGGGCUUCCCUGGAACAGAAAGGUUUCUGGGAAGCGGCCACGUCCAGGCCACCCUGCAGGACCCACGGACCUCAGCAACCCCGCCUGUCCCCGCGGCCCGACCCCAGCGAAUCACCCAGGAGCCCAGGCGCUGGAACAUCCUCCCGGCACAGAGAUGGCACGGGGUUAUCAGGCCCGAUGCCAGCGCGCAGGAUCUGGAGCGGGAGGCACACAGGCAGGAGAGGGCACACCCGCUGCGGGGUGCGGAGCUUCUCCGGUGCAGCCCAAGAGGCGCUCGCCCCGCACCGCGGCACUCCCCCGGCGCCGAGCCGGGACGCCCGCAUCCCCGCGGCUCGGCCCACCUCGCCAACAAAGGCCGCAUCCGCCGCUCCCCGCUGGGAAGCUCCGGCCCCCCGCGUGGAGCGCGCUGCCCGCCCCAGCCCGGGGCCAGGGUCUGCACAGCCGCCCCCGGAGCGAGCCCAGCCGCACCGGGUUUCGGGCCGCGGGCCGCCCCGGGGCGCACGGCAGAGGCUCGCGUGGUCCCGGGGGAGGGCGGGGUGGGCGUCUGGGCCGCGCGGGGUCCCCAGAGAAUGUGGCGCCGCCGCGGGCGGGAUGGGGGCUGGGGCGGCCGAGGCUGCCCGCCGCCCCCCGCAACCCCGAUGCCUUUCAUUUGGCCUCUGCGGCGUCGGAGGCAGCCCGACCUCCAGCGCUAA